AUGUCUAAAAAAGUACAAGCCAAGCAAGGUACAGAUGAUCUUGUUAUGCUUCCAAAGAUCUCUGAAGAGGAGAUCGUUGAAAAUUUAAAGAAGCGUUAUAUGAAUGAUUUCAUUUAUACAAAUAUUGGACCUGUAUUGAUUUCAGUAAAUCCAUUUAGAAAUUUGAAUAAUACAGGUGAUGAUUAUGUCGAAGCUUAUAGAGGUAAACAUGCACAGGAAGUCCCACCACAUAUUUAUCAGUUGGCAGAGUCCUCCUAUCGUGCAAUGAAGAACGACCAGGAGAAUCAAUGUGUAAUUAUCUCUGGUGAGUCUGGUGCCGGUAAGACAGAGGCAGCCAAAAUGAUUAUGAACUAUAUUUCCAAGGUAUCUGGUGGAACUGAGAAGGUAGAGUAUGUCAAACACGUUAUUCUCGGAUCGAAUCCAUUGCUAGAGGCAUUCGGUAAUGCCAAGACACUGCGUAACAACAACUCGUCGCGUUUCGGAAAGUAUUUUGAAAUUCAAUUCGAUAAGGCCGGUGAUCCAGUCGGUGGUAAGAUUUAUAAUUACCUGCUGGAAAAGUCAAGAGUCGUAUUCCAGAAUCCAGGAGAGCGUAAUUUCCAUAUUUUCUACCAAUUGUUGGCCGGUGCCUCCGCACAGGAGAAGCGUGACUUUGUACUGUCCACUCCAGAUUCAUUCUACUAUCUCAACCAAUCAGAGUGUUAUACAGUAGAUGGUGUAGAUGAUGCUGCCGACUACCGUGAAGUUCGUGACGCCAUGAAAGUCAUUGGUUUGUCUGACGAGGAGCAAAGCAUCUUGAUGCGUAUUGUGGCAUGUGUUCUACAUAUUGGAAAUAUCUAUUUCAUCGAGGACGACAAGGGAAAUGCCGCCAUCUACGAUCCCAACGCCUUGGAUUUGGCUGCCAGUAUGUUGUGUAUUGAUUCGGCCACUCUCCAGAAUGCCAUUCUCUUCCGUGUCAUCAAUACCGGUGGUGCUGGUGGUGGAUCUGGUAAUCGUCGUUCCACCUAUAAUGUGCCACAAAACGUAGAGCAAGCAAACGGUGCUCGUGAUGCUCUGGCACGUACAAUCUAUGACCGUAUGUUCACCUGGUUGGUUGAGCGUGUCAACAUAGCUCUUUCCUACUACCAAACACCGUUCAAGAAUGUCAUUGGUAUUCUUGAUAUUUUCGGAUUUGAAAUUUUCGAAAAGAAUGGAUUCGAACAAUUCUGUAUCAACUUUGUAAAUGAGAAACUCCAACAAUACUUUAUUGAACUGACAUUGAAGGCCGAACAAGAAGAGUAUGUCCGUGAAGGUAUCAAAUGGGAGCCAAUUAAAUAUUUCAACAAUCAAAUCGUGUGUGAUUUGAUCGAGGGUAAAGCGCCACCAGGUAUCUUCUCAUUGCUCGACGAUAUUUGUUAUACUAUACAUGCACAGUCGAGUGGAACUGACCAGAAGUUCUUGGAAAAGAUGGCCGGUGUCUUUGAUGGACAUCUUCACUGGCGUGCUAUGACCGGUGCAUUUGCUGUGAAGCACUAUGCCGGUGAGGUGACUUACGAAGCCGAAGGUUUCUCCGAUAAGAAUAAGGAUACUUUGUUCAGUGAUCUGAUCGAAGCCGUCCAGACCAGUAAAAUGACUUUUCUCACACAGUUGUUCAACGACGACACCACUUCGUCACUCCAAAAGAAGCGUCCAACAACCGCUGGUUUCAAGAUUAAGAACUCUGCUGCCGACCUUAUGAAGGCUCUCUCCCAGUGUACUCCACAUUACAUCCGUUGUAUCAAGCCAAACGAAACAAAGAAAGCCAAAGACUGGGAAGGUAGUCGUGUACGUCAUCAAGUCCAAUAUUUGGGUCUUUUAGAAAAUGUUCGUGUACGUCGUGCCGGUUUCGCAUACCGUGCACCAUUCGAGCGUUUCUUGCGUCGUUACAAGAAACUCUCUCCCAAGACCUGGGGACUUUGGGGUGAGUGGAAAGGUGAUCCAAAAGAGGGUGCCAGAACCAUCUGUCAAGACCUCGGUCUUGAUCCAAGCCAAUGGCAAAUGGGUCAAACCAAAAUUUUCAUUCGUCACCCAGAGACUGUUUUCCACUUGGAAGAAUCUCUCGAUCGUAAGGACACCGAGUGCAUCAUGAAGAUCCAAAAAGCCUUUAGAAACUGGAAGGCCAAGAAGCACUCAUUGGAGCAACGUGCCCAAAUCGCAGAUAUCUUUAAGAACAAGAAGGAGCGUCAACGUAACUCUAUCGAUCGUAAAUUCACUAUGGAUUACAUUGAUUUCGAUAAUCAAUUCCCAAUUCAAGAGGCAAUGGAAAACGCACACAAGAAGGAGCGUAUUAUUUUCGCCGACCACGUCGUAAAGGUUGACCGUCGUGCCAAGACCAAGCCAUUGACUCUAGUCGUGUCGGAGCAAGCCAUCUACUUUGUCGAGAAAACCAUCAAAAAGAAGAUCGAAACAUUUACAUUGCUUCGUAGAAUUCAAAUUAGAGACAUUAGAUCGAUUUCCGUCUCUACAUUGGCCGAUAACUACAUUGUUUUGGGAUUGCCAGAGUUUGACCAAGUCAUUGAGAACGACAAGAAGACCGAGUUGCUCAUCAAUAUCAUUGAAAACUACAAGAUUCUCACUGGUUCCGCUUUGAAUAUCAAUUUCUCUGACAAUAUCAAUUACACAUUGAAGAAGGGAGAGCAACGUACAAUGACUUUUGCCAAGAACGAGCAAGCUCAACCAAUUCCUAUUCUCAAGAAGGGUGGAAAGGGUCCAGCUGUUGGUGUUGCCACCGGACUUCCAAGUUCCACAGACUCCACACCAAAGAACUACAAUCCAAAUUCAAUGGCCCAAGCUCAAGUACGUCCACCACAAGCCGGACGUGGAAGAGGUGGAAUGCCACAACAAAAUGGAGGUGGAAUGCCACAACAACAACAACAACAGGCACCAAGACAAAUGCCAGUUCCACAAGGAGGUGGAAUGCAACAACAGGCACCAAGACAAAUGCCAGCUCCACAAAUGGGUGGUGGAAUGCCACAAGGUGGAGGUAGAGGAGCACCAAUGGGUGCUGGUAGAGGAGCACCUGUAGGUGGUGGAGGAAGAGGAGCACCAAUGGGAGGUGGUGCACCAGCCGGUGGAGGUCAAAUGCGUCCACCACAACCAAAGCCAGCUGCUCCACAGAGACCAACUGUCAAAGCUUUGUACGACUAUGAUGCCGCCAGUCAAGACGAACUUUCAUUCAAAGAGGGUGACCAAAUUGUCAUCAUCCAAAAGGAUAAUGGUGGAUGGUGGGAAGGUGAACUCAGAGGAAAGAAGGGUUGGGUACCAGCCAACUACGUCAGUGGUUAA